GUCUGCCCCGCGAUCUUUAGGACAACUAUAAAAGCACGCCGCAUUCCUUUUGAACACUUCACCUUUUCCCCCUUUUGUCACUCUCUGCUCCUUUCUCUUCCUCUAACCAACACUAUCUUGUUAUUACAGCAACAUGUCCUGCUUAUUGCACAAUCUGCCGUCCGAAAUCAUUUGGCAAAUUGUUUCGUACUUGUCACUAAAAGACCUCACAACUGCACGGCUUGCAUCUAUGAAAUUACGGCAUUUCUGCGACCAUCCAUCCCACUGGAAAAACAUCCGACUUGAACCACCACGAAAGGCGGCCACAACCACAACGACGGAUGAUAAGAACAGCAACACCAAACCAUCCAGCAUGCCGCUAUGGCAGAUCAACGAUCUUGAACACAUUCUCGAGCCGCAUCUCAAACACAUCCAGUCCAUCCGGAUAUGGGGCGUGCGUGACAACAUUGUCCGGUACCUACUCCAGCAUUGCGUCAAUCUCAACGAUCUGACUAUCUGCGGCUGGACUACGCUCUCGAACCAUGCUUUCAAGACAUCACGGACACGUCUUGCCUUGCGGCGAUUGGAACUAAUUGGUGCAGACCAGCAGCCCAACUAUGCCGCCAUUGAUGCCCGCUUGCUGGGUGAUUUAUUAACACAAUGCCCAGACUUGUCUGAACUCAUGCUCGGUUGCCAAGUGCACAUUCAUGCACGCACGCUCUUGAUAGAACUCAGAAAGCGCAAAAACUCUACCUCCAACACCACCCAGCAGCACCGACAACAGUUGCCGCCACUGCAAUUGCGUUCACUCACACUGGCCACGCGACGUACUUGGUCACAACGACAUGUUGCCGAACUAUUAGACCUUUGCCCACAUCUCGAGCGCGUGUCGCUCUUUCUAGCUGCAGCAAAGGGUUUCGAUUUGAAGAAAAGCGAAGAUAUCCACCAGCUCAUGAUGGCAGAUAAACCGCAAGAAGUAUCUUUAGAGCCCAAUAGCGAUGGUGAAGAGGAUGACGCCCAAGACAAUGUUGUUGGCAUGGCACACGAUAUGGUUAUUUUUCGUCGCUUGUCAUCAUGAUCACCACCGCUAAAUACCAUCCAUCAUCAUUAUCAACUGCAAGCAGAGUGGGCAGGCUCCACCAUAAUACCACCAGCACACCUUCAUCUUUUCUUCUCUCUUAAAAUCAUUGUCGACUUGGCAUUUUUGCACUUUUCUUCUCUUCUUUGUCUUCGCAUCCUAUCAUUUUUUGUAAUAUAUUUCAGACAGGCUUUUCUGGAAUAUAAAACUUGCACACAAAAUAAAAAAGUUCAAUCCAUUUUUGC